AUGGUCCAGCAACACUUCAACAUGGACCAGUUCGUUUUGUUUGGGGACAGCAUCACGCAGCAUUCCUUCUCACAAGAACGUGGAUUUGCGUUCGGAGCAGAAUUAUGCAACAGCUACGUACGAAGGCUGGAUGUCGUCAAUCGAGGCUUCAGCGGAUACAACACAAGACAGGCACUUCAAGUACUGCCUCACGCACUGCCAGAUCCCAAAUGUGCCAGAAUGCGCUUUCUGACAUUCUUCUUCGGAGCCAACGAUGCCAGGCUACCCGAAACACCGGGUGGACCGCAACAGCAUAUACCUCUGGAGGUGUACAAAGAGAAUACCAUCGCCAUGAUCACGCACCGUAACGUGUCUGCCCACGAAGACGUACGUUUGAUCCUCAUCACCCCUCCAGCCGUGGACGAGCGAAAGUGUCUCGAGAAUGAUCAGCGCAACAACCCGGAUUUUCCGGAUGUCAUCAGGCGCAAGGCAUCAGUGACAGCAACAUACGCCGAGGCGAUUCGCGAUAUUGGUUCCCAAUAUGAUGUACAGGUGUUGGAUCUAUGGACCGCCAUGAUCAUUCGAGCGGGUGGCAACCCUGCCGAUACUGAGCCUGUUGGAUCCAUUGACGUACCAUGCAACGAGAUACUCCAAAGCUUUGUGCAUGAUGGGCUGCAUCUCAGUCCAACCGGGUAUGAAAUAUUGUAUGACGAGAUGAUGGCUUUGAUAUCCGAGCGUUGGCCAGACCAAAUGCCCGACAAACUCUCGUUUGUCUUGCCGGCCUGGGAUAACCCAGAAGCGUGGCAUGCACAUGGGUCACUAUGA